AUGUCUGAGUUCGAGACAUGUCCUAAUGAGGAACUAAUUGCAGAUAAUCUUGCCUCAUUUUCUGGAGACUUAUUUACAGCAUCAGAUAUCAAGCGAUUCUUAGAAAUUGCCACUUAUGACAAGCCAAAUUCAAUCAGAUUGCCUGAUAUUGUAAGAGCAAUGACAUAUUAUGAUAGAUGCAUUCACCGCUAUUAUAAGACUGAUUAUAACGAGCCACUUAGAAAUUUAAUCAAUGGCCCUGAUAUCCGUGUUGCUGUAGAAUCGAAUCUUGAAUGGUUUAAGAACAUAGCUAUUUUUGAAGAACUUACAGAAUCAAUUGUCGAAGAUGCAGCGGUCCGUUUAAUGAGAAUCUUAGCUGUUCUUUCUCUUGAUAACUCCAAGUAUAAAUUCACUAAAUCUGAUGAAAGAAUUGUCAUGAUUUGCUACGUUAUUGCUCUUUGUUUCGCUCGAAGAGGAACACUGACAAAUUAUUUUGCUGAAGCAUUUGCUUUUCAUAUGAGCAAUGCCAUUUUGUCAUCGUUAAAACUCCAACGUGAAAUUAUUCGAAUGAACGCAGACCAAGACUACAGCGAUGAUUUCCGUAAGUACUUCAAGAGGUUUACAGGAGAUUCACCACAAAAAUGCAAAGAAGCCGGCGUUGAUCCAAUGAAAAUUUAUGAUGAAAUGAUUUGGACAAUGUUCACUAAUACUCAUGAUAAUGGAGAUUGUUUACUUCUCAUUUUCGAUUUAAUUAUACUCCAUUUGAGAGAAUAUAGACAUUACACAAAUUAUCUUGUUGCAGCCCAUUUCAAAUGGUAUGUUGAACAUGGUGGACGUCUUGAAACAGAUAAAAUCAUUCCUGAUGUUCCAUUUGAUUCAAACAACCUCGUUAUUUCAGUUGAUAUCAUGAAAGAAUACAAAGAAGUCAAUUACGUUGAAACUUUCAUAAAUUCAAUGUGUCCGUGCUUCCAAGGUUUCAAUAUCUUGUUUGGAAAUAGAAAGGUUAAAAAAGAUUAA